GCAUUUUCCCAACUGGCACCAUCACACUUCCCAUUAAUUCACACCUCUCUCUCCAUUCCACUCUCUCUCUCCUCUCUCUCCUCUCUCUCCUCUCUCUCAGUCAAACCCUAAUUCCGAUGCCGGUACCUAAUUCCGACGACGGUGACCGGAGUCUAACGGAGGUUAUCACCUCUCUCCUUGACUCUAUCCCUAACCUUCUUAGCUUCAAGUCCAAAUGGUCGUCAAUUCGCGCCAAACUCGCCGAUCUCAAAACUCAGCUCUCCGAUUUCUCCGAUUUCGCCGGCUCUUCUUCAAACAAACUCGCCGUAGAUCUUCUCGUUUCAGUUCGCGAGACGCUAAACGACGCCGUUGCCGUUGCGGCGAGGUGUGAAGGACCAGAUUUAGCUGAAGGUAAGCUUAAAACGCAGAGUGAGGUUGAUUCAGUGAUGGCGAGACUUGAUCGUCAUGUGAAAGAUGCUGAGGUUUUGAUUAAGAGUGGUCUUUUGAUUGAUAACGGAAUCGUCGUCUCGGGGUUUUCGAUUUCGUCGAAGAAGGAAGCUGUUCGAUUAGAAGCGAGGAAUUUAGUGAUUCGAUUGCAGAUCGGUGGAGUUGAAUCGAAGAAUUCAGCGAUUGAUUCGUUGAUUGAAUUACUUCAGGAAGAUGAUAAGAACGUGAUGAUUUGUGUUGCUCAAGGAGUUGUUCCUGUUUUGGUUAGGUUACUUGAUUCGUGUUCUUUAGUGAUGAAGGAGAAGACUGUUGCUGUGAUUUCUAGAAUCUCUUUGGUUGAGAGUAGUAAACAUGUGUUAAUAGCUGAAGGAUUGUCUUUAUUGAAUCAUCUUCUUCGUGUAUUGGAGUCAGGAAGUGGUUUUGCUAAAGAGAAAGCUUGUAUUGCUUUACAGGCUUUGAGUUUGUCGAAGGAGAACGCGAGAGCGAUUGGUUGUAGAGGCGGAAUCUCGUCUUUAUUGGAGAUUUGUCAAGGUGGGAGUCCUGGUUCUCAGGCUUUUGCUGCUGGUGUGUUGAGGAAUUUAGCGUCGUUUGUAGAGACUAAAGAGAAUUUCGUUGAGGAAAACGCGAUUUUCGUGCUUAUUAGUAUGGUUUCUUCAGGUACGUCUUUGGCUCAAGAGAAUGCUGUUGGAUGUUUGGCUAAUUUAACGAGUGGUGAUGAGGAUUUGAUGAUAUCUGUUGUUAGAGAAGGAGGGAUUCAGUGUUUGAAGAGUUUUUGGGAUUCUGUUUCUAAUGUUAAGAGUCUUGAGGUUGGAGUUGUGCUUCUGAAGAAUUUAGCUUUGUGUCCUAUUGUUAGAGAAGUUGUUAUAUCCGAAGGAUUUAUCUCUCGUUUGGUUCCGGUGUUGAGUUGUGGGGUUCUCGGUGUGAGAAUCGCAGCUGCGGAAGCUGUUUCUUCGCUAGGUUUCAGCUCGAAAAGCCGAAAAGAAUUAGGUGAAAGUGGAUGCAUUGGUCCAUUGAUUGAUAUGUUAGAUGGUAAAGCCGUUGAAGAGAAAGAAGCAGCUUCUAAAGCUCUAGCAACUUUAUUGGUGUGCACGAGCAACAGAAAGAUUUUUAAGAAGAGUGAGAAGGGUGUAGUCAGUCUUGUUCAGCUCUUGGACCCGAAGAUUAAGAAAUUGGAUAAGAUAUACACAGUCUCUGCGUUGGAACAGCUUGUUACUUCAAAGAAAUGCAGGAAACAAGUCGUUGCUGCUGGUGCUUGCUUGCAUUUACAAAAGCUUGUGGAGAUGGAUAUCGAAGGAGCUAAAAAAUUGACGGAGAAUCUUGCCCGGAGUAAGAUUUGGGGGGUCUUUACAAGGCCAUAAGAGACUGCGCGGAUACGUUUUUAACCUGUAUGUAAGAAUCAUAUAUUUUCCGAACGGCGAUACUUGUUUUUUCGUUUGAUGUUGUUUGAUGAUUUGAUUGUUCAUAAGGCUUGGCUGAUUGAAGUUAGAGAGAGUAAUUGCUGAUUAGUCUGUAGACAAUAAUAAUAUCUUUGUAGAGUU